CUCUGGUGUUUUUUUCCUCCAAGCCGAGAACGGAGGAUAUUCGCCGAACCGGAACUGGACAUAGAUGAGUGCCGAUCAGUGGUAUUUUUCCAGAGAUGAACUGUUCGACACGCCCAGUAUCGCGGACGGGGUUUCCUUUGCACAGGAGCAGAUGGAUCGCAUCAAGGGCUGCCAUUACCUGUUGGCUGUGGGGGCCAAAUUAAAUCUUCCACAGUUGGUGGUGGUAACGGCGGCUACUUUUUUUCAUCGUUUCUUUAUGCGUCAGUCGAUGAAGCGCUUCCAUGUUUAUGAUAUUGCAGCGACGAGUUUGUUUGUAGCUACCAAAGUGGAAGAGUGCACGCGACGCAUCAAAGACUUUGUGAAUGCUUGCGCACAAAAGGCUCAAAAGAACGAUAAAUUAUAUCUUGAGGAAGGCUCAAAGGAUUUUGUCAAAUGGAAGGAUACGAUGUUACACAACGAAGUAAUUCUAUUGGAAACGUUAUGCUUCGACUUAUCCAUCGAGCACCCACAUAUCAAUUUACUGGAUUAUCAAAACCAAUUAAGUGUAUCUUCGUCUUCCAUACGGAAAGCUUGGAUGCUCCUGUAUCAAAGCCUGGGUCAGCCAAUCUGUGUUCUGUAUCGCCCCAAUGUCAUCGCCGCUGCCGCUCUAUUAUUAGCUGCGCAUCUGUCAUCGGAACAGAUGAAAGAUAAUUGGUGGAAGGUAGCAGAUGUGGAUAUUGGACAAGUACAUGAAUUGGCUGCCGAGAUGCUCGAAUACUACGUUGACCGCUAUAUCAAAAAAUCGUCGCAAUCACCCCAUCCUUGAUCUCGGUAAAAGAAAAAAAGAGAAAGAACUUCUCUUUCUAGAGCAAUAAGUCGUUUUACGCAUCCCGGCCCUCAUCCGCCAACUUUUCUCACCUUCACCUCUGAUUUUUGGUCAUAUUUUAUUUUGCUCGCGCAAUCCAAACCGAGGCAUUUGUUACAUAUCACGUAUCCUCACUUAUUUGCAUGUUGUCAUGUUUCUUCCCUGUAUUAUAUUUUUUAAAUCAUCCGAUAACUAUAAUAAAAAGUACCAUUCAUAGAUCGACAUAAAAAUCUGCUGUAUCCUUGGUGCUGUGUGUUCCAUGCUUGGACCUCGAUGGUUCGUUUAACUGUUCCCUUAC